AUGGGGGAGCACAAUACAGAGAAUGUCCCAGCUAAAAAACGUGCCCGAGUUGACUCGGAGUUGAGAUGUGACUCUCCCGAGUCUAAGCGAGUUAACUCUGUAGGAGGUGAAUCGUCCGAAGUCGAAUUGGCUUCAACUCAAGCUAAGCAAAUUUUGGACAUACUUGAUGAGUUGGACUCGGAAAUUGGUCGGGAGGAGGUGAUUGAAGAUCUCGACUCGGUGAUUCGAAGCUUUGAAGAGGAGCUCCACCCGAAUAACAACGGCUCAUCCCCGCCGGAGGUUCUGCAGCUUCAGCCGGAGGCCGGCGAGCCUCAACCGGACCUCGGUUACUUACUUGAAGCCUCCGACUACGAGCUCGGCUUGCCACCUACCGUUCCCCAUUUCCAGGAGGAACAAGCAGACAACGAGCUAGUUGAUUUACCAUUCGCCGUUAAUCCUGAGUCAGUAAAAUUGGAAACUCAUAUAGGUAUUGAAGAUGAGUUAAUUACUUACGACUCGUUCGAGUCAGGACUCGGUGACGGGUUAUUUGAUUGUUCGGAACAGACUGAUAUUUUACGGCGGCCCGAGUCAUUAUCUGCUUUAUAG